GCGUCCCAGGCUUUCUGAACGCCAUGUCUGCGGCUCCUGCCAGCAAUGGGGUAUUUGUUGUCAUCCCGCCCAGCAACGCCAGUGGCCUCCACCCACCUCCAGCCAUUCUGCCCACCUCCAUGUGCCAGCCUCCAGGGAUUAUGCAGUUCGAGGAGCCCCCCCUGGGGACACAGACACCAAGGGCCACCCAGCCACCUGACCUACAACCCAUGGAGACUUUCCUGACAGGAGAGCCCAAAGCUUUGGGGACCGUGCAAAUCCUGGUUGGCCUCAUCCACCUGGGCUUCGGCAGCGUGCUGCUCAUGGUCCGCCGCGGCCGUGCAGGAAUGCUGUUCAUCGAAAGCGGCGUCCCCUUCUGGGGUGGAGCCUGCUUCAUCAUCUCUGGGUCCCUCUCAGUGGCAGCCGAGAAGAACCGCACCAGCUGCUUGGUGAGGAGCAGCCUGAGUAUCAACAUUCUCAGCGCCAUGGCAGCCUUUGCUGGGACAGCCAUUCUGCUCAUGGAUUUUGGUGUCACUAACUGGGAUGUGGGCAGGGGCUAUCUAGCUGUGCUUACUAUCUUCACCAUCCUGGAGUUCUUCGUUGCAGUCAUCGCUACCCACUUUGGGUGCCAAGCCACCCGCGCCCAAGCCAACAUGCCGGUGAUGUUCCUGCCAAAUGCCUUCAGCACAGACUUCAACAUUCCGAGUCCAGCAGCCUCUCCACCCCCUGCCUAUGACAAUGUGGCAUAUAUGCCCAAGGAGUCAUCGGAGUAG